GUCCCGCCCCGCCGAGGCGGUAGCGGCGGGGAGGAGAGAGGGAGAGAGGGAGCCAUGGGCUCGGCGGCGGAGCUGCUGCUGCUGCCGCCGCCGCCCUCGCCGCUCGGGGAAUGCGAGCGGGAAGCGGGGGAGGCGGCCUCCGCCCGGUACCGGCGGCGACCGGAGGAGCAGGUCCAGCAAGAACAAAGAAACCACACCACGGAACCUGUAAUAGAUGACUAUAAAAAGAUGGGGACUCUCUUCGGCGAACUAAACAAAAGCCUUAUCAGAAUAGGCUUCACAAGGAUGUACUUUGGAGAACGGAUAGUAGAACCUGUAAUAAUUAUAUUCUUCUGGGUUAUGCUCUGGUUUCUCGGCCUACAAGCUCUUGGACUGGUUGCUGUUCUGUGCCUUGUCAUUAUUUAUGUACAACAGUAAAAUUUUAUAGAUGCUGUUGGGAUUAUGUAUUUCGACACUGUCACUAUGUCAGUGGUUUUAUGUGUUUAAGUAAAUGGGUGGCAUAUCAAAAACUGCAAUGCUUCAAAUUGCAUUUCGCUGAACUUCCAACGUUCAAAAUUAUGCAUUCUAAGAAAAGUCAGCUAUGUUUCUGAAGGGCAAAAAAAUGUAUGUUUUUAAUAUAAUGGUGUCCAAUGUACUGUUUUCUGCACUCUCUGGGGCCUUAGUCCAAGGACUGGCUUUUUGUUCCCACCCUCCUCACCCCCCUAACGUUCUUGCUUUGUACAGUGAAAAUUUCCUGUCUGUUUUUAAGAGGACACUUGAUUUGAGUGUCCUGUUUCACUGUUGGCGGGGGGGGGCUUGUGUGCUGUUUGUUCCCUGAGUCUGCAUAAUUUGCUAGUUUUUUGCUGAAAAGCUAAAUCUGCACAAGGGAGGUGUGCUAACAAACCUACCAUGACAAACGUUCGUAAGGUGAAUACAACUUCCCGACACUGAAAGCAUCUUUGGUUAGUGUAGUUUGUAGCAAGCUUUCCCCCAGGAAACCCGCUUUGCCAGCAAAAUGCUUUUAUACUGAUACUAGUGACUUCACACAAGGCUUCAGCUGUUGCUUAGGAGGAAUUGCUGUCCUAUAUUGGCCAAAUGGUCUAACGUAGCUCUGCUAUGGUUUUGGAAAUGUACUCGACUCCUGCUGCUAUUAUUCUUUCUUUUUUUCUAUACUUGCUCUUUCCUGCAGCCCUCCUUCUGAAGGUAAAUAUUUGGUUAAUUCACGGACUCUGUAGGUAGUUACAGCUGCAGCGUUGGAGCGUUGCCAUUCCAGACGGCAAUGCUGGAAUAUUGUCUGCUUCCCCUGGGUCGCGUGUGAAGUGUCUGAGCAACCAGAGGGGGUGUCACGCCAGGUCUCUUAACGCUUGCCUAAUUUGCUGCAGUGUGGACCCAACGCGAGCUAAAGGCUUUGCGUACAUAAGCAAAUCAGACCUGUUUCCUCAUGCAAGGCAAGAUCAGGUGGUCGUUUUGUUUAGUAGUCUUAACUGAUUCAUUUCCGCGCUGGGCAACAAAAGCGCAUAUCUACAGGUGCAUAUCAUGGGCAACACAGAUCAGAGAAUAGGAUAUAUACAUUCAAGAGUAGGUGCAAAAUUCACUGUGGCUCCCCAGGAGCCAUACCAGGGGUGUAUUGAAUAUUUCCAAGUUGAAUGUGUUCAUUUCAAGGAAAACAGUAAAAUGAGAUAGAAUCUUUACUAAAUAGGCUAUCAAUUUAAUAUUUGCUGGACAUUACUUUUAGUAAGAAACUUAAUUCCAAAAUUGACUUCACCUAUGGUAGAGUGAAAUUAUACAUUUACUUAAAGAAAUGUAAUAGAAGAUGUGAAAUUUACAGAAACCUACUUAGCCUUUUUGCAGUGAAUUUUUUCCUAAACAUUUUUAUACUAGCAGAGAUCAACAGUAGAUUAGUUGAAAAUGCUGUCUUAUCCAGAGACUUUUAAAGUUAAGGGGGGCUUCUCUGUGGUCCUGCUCCUGCACCUGGAUGCCCUCAUGGAUCAUGUUGGUUGCUGGGCUCUAUUUCCAGGACCCUCGUCCCCAGUCCUUACCGACUUUGCUAUUUGUGAAAUAAUUGUUACUUAGGGCAGUGAACAUGAAGGCCCAGCUCCUUUAAAGUCUCUAUGUGCCUAAAUGUCACCUGUGGACACGUCUCUCUGCUUUUCUAAUAAACGCGUAGUCACCUUCUGAGGAGCCAGGUCUCCUCUCCAGAUCUUCAGGUGACCUUGGCUGUGGAUGCGAGAGGCUCUGCUGCACGGGCAGGACUGCAGGGGAGUGGGACUGAGGCCCAGUUGUGCAUUUAGAUGGCAACCUGUGUUGAUUGGCACCUAGUUGAAUAGUUAUGCCGAUGGCAGGGAAAUGUUUGACAACAGAUCCUGGAGACAGGGGUUUGUUCCUCGCAGCUGGAGGUCCCAAAGCAAACAGCAAGUACAGGCGGAACUCAGAGGCAGGAGCUCUGUACUCACAAGUGCCUAGGGGCAAACUUUGGGUUUGUUUCAGGUCCCUUAGAAAGCAGAACAUCUGUUUACACCUUUGCAUAUUUGUAUAGAAAUAAUGGUAGGUUAUAAUGUGUAUUCUUCUCCUGUAUAAGGGCUGUACUACAAAAGCAUCUCAUCAUUAAAAAAAAAAAUCCUUCCUUUCUACCCACAGUCAAGUUACUGUUCAGAGGAUCUCAUCCAAUUCCUUUCCUCCUGUAGGAAAAAGUGUCUCUGUGAUGUCCUUGUUGCAGUAGUACUCGUGUGUAAAGACACUGUGCUGUGAGAUGGCGUGUAGUAUUUCCUGAAGUGGUGAUUUUGCUCCGUGCAUAAGGAAUGGGGAGCAGUGAGCCGAGGGUGUGACUGACAAGUUCAGUAAGGAAAUUGUUUAUUUGCAUGUCACCUUUUAUUAUGUGCAUAACUAUGACUUUCACUCAUGAAGUCAUUUUAGUUGUUCUUUUGAUGUUCGUGUUUGUAUACGUAUAUUCUAGGGAAAGGUAACUUUUGGACUAAGACUGCGUACAGUGUAUGUUUUAUAUGGUUUCUCUUAAGGGUAACUUACUACGUCUCGUCCUUCAUAGAAGUUUUUCAUUUUUAAAAAUCUGAAGAAAUAUCUCUCCUAAUAGAGUUUGGUUGACUGACAAUGAAAAAGAAAAAUAAUGUGUUGCAUGGAAGAUACCCCUGGCCUGUUUGGUUUCAUACAUUCCAUUGUAUAUAAGAAUUUGCACUGAAUCGUCUGCCCUAAUUUUGUGCUAUUGCUGUACUAUCUCCCUGUCAUUUGCAGGAAAGGAAAGAGGAGUUACGGAAAAAAAAGGGGACUGGGAUAGAAUCAGACAUCAAGCGUGGAAAAUGGAAUGCAUGAAAAUGAUGCAUAUAUGUGUGAAAAGAAAUCUGGUUGUAAAUGUGUGCCAAAAGUGAGAGGGGAAUGGAUGAACAGUCCUUGCGUUGUGUUCUUCCUUCCAUCCAGGUGUACUUCUAAGGCAGAGGAAGCACAAAGUGUUCAAAGCAUGUCCCUAGCGAAAAAGCAGAAGGUUCAUUUUAAAAGAAAGAAAAUUUCACUUUUGUCUAUAUAGAAAAAAUUGAUAGUUAUUUAUAUUACUAUAUAUGAUUAUUAUUCUUGAGAGACCUGAGAGCACCUUUAUGCAUCUGUGUGUAGGACUGUAUGAAGGAAUUAUGUCCCUUAAAUCUGUGUUAAAUGACAAAUGAUGUAAUUCCUGUUGGUCAGUGUAACAUAUUGAAAGCUUUUUACAUAACCUCCAUUUUUUAAAGAAUGGACUCUUCAGCACUGUUUCACACCCGCCAAAUGCAUAAAUGUUUGAACUACUGUGUACAGAGAAGAUGCUCUACGUGUAAGAGAAUCCUGGAGAACCCUGUUUGCACUGAAAAAUCAUCACAUCGAAACUGUCCAUAUAAAAAGGAAAAAUCAUGUUUCUUAAGAACUCUGUAUUAAAUGAAUCCUAUGGAAAGCACUUUGUAAUUCUUUCUAAUAAAAAGUAUUAU